AUGGACAUGAAGGCCCCUGCUCAGCUCCUGGGGCUCCUGCUGCUCUGGCUCCCAGGUGCCAGAUGUGACAUCCAGAUGACCCAGUCUCCAUCCUCCCUGUCUGCAUCUUUAGGAGACACAGUCACCAUAACUUGCCAGGCGAGUCAGAGCAUUAGCAGUUGGUUAGCCUGGUAUCAGCAGAAACCAGGGAAAGCCCCUAAGCUCCUGAUCUAUAAGGCAUCUAGUUUGCAAAGUGGGGUCUCCUCGAGGUUCAGUGGCAGUGGAUCUGGGACAGAUUUCACUCUCACCAUCAGCAGCCUGGAGUCUGAAGAUGUUGCAACUUAUUACUGUCAACAGCAUAAUAGCUUCUUAAGUUUAACUUUUGGCCAGGGGACCAAGGUGGAGAUGAAACGGUCUGACGCUCAGCCGACUGUCUCCAUCUUCCCACCAUCUGAGGAGCAACUGAAUUCUGGAUACGCCUCUGUCGUGUGCUUCCUGAAUAAAUUCUACCCCAAAGAUUACAAAGUCCAGUGGAAGGUAGACGAUGUUGUUAAACAGGGUGACGUAGUGGAAAGUUAUACAGAACAGGACAGCACAGACAGCACCUACAGCCUCAGCAGCACCCUGACGAUGACCAGUGCAGAGUAUAAGAGCCAUAAUGUCUAUACCUGUGAGGCCACACAUGACAGCCUGAGCUCGCCUGUGGUCAAGAGCUUCACCAAGCAAGAGUGUUAGGCCAAGAGGCCUGCCAGGCACCUCCACCUGCCCCUCAGGCCCAGGCUCACCCCUCCUUCCUUAGACCCCAGGCCCUUUUCCCACAAGGGACACACCCCUACUACAAUCCUCUAGCCCCUCUGCCCACCCCAACCCCCCU